AUGAGACGGAGAAAACUCACAGGCUGUAGACGCGGGUCUUCACGCGGUUUCUGUAGCUACUCGAGUUCUUCUUAUACUGUCUUGAGAUAUACCGAAAAGACCAUGAAGUGCGUCUCAAGCGAGUAAAAUCCAAAGAAGACUAAAGACAAAGAUAAAGACAGUUCUGAAGAAUCGGCAGAAGAGACAUCUUCGGUGGCAACAGUUGCGGACAAUUCCAAAAUUAUGCCUAAUAUAAGCGGUGAAGUAAAUGAAUCCCAGACACCAUCAGUUCAGACAUCGAACUCCACCAACACAUCCAACUCUUCUCAAUCAUCGACUGGUGUAUCGGAAGAAGAAUUCAAUCAAUGGUUUGACAAUAUGUUGAAUGAUAUCCAUCACAGCCAUCACGACAUCAAUGACAGAAUAGUUGGCGAAUCAAGUAAUCGAUUGAAAUUUUACAGACAAUUGGAUGAAUCGAAAGAUAAUCAGAAAAAUGCGGACGAAAUGGAAAAUGCGUUGACUUCGGAAGAUGUGGUCUUUGCGAAGUGUGUUCUGCGACCGAAUCGACACAUCGCUCUUCUCAACCAACAGGACAUUGAGGGCACUAUUCAUAUGUGGCAACUCAGACACAACAGGGGACCCAUUCAUAUGCACGUCAAACUAAAGGGCUUCAAAGUGGCCAAUCAUGUCCACAGCCAUAGCCAACAACACGCCAACCAUAACCCCAAUCAUAGCACUCGACGUAAACGAGAAUCCAAUUUAAUACCCGUAGAAGUAGAGCCCGAAGACACGACCGGCUCUCCCAUCGGUGCCUCACAUAGUCAUGGUUUUCAUGUUCACGAAUCGGGAAACUUGUCCAGAGAUUGUCAAUCGGUGGGCAAUCACUACAAUCCACUUAACUUAGCCCACGGCGGACCCUAUGAUGUGAUCAGACAUGUGGGAGACUUAGGGAACAUCCGUUGCGACCGAAACGGCGAAAUGGAUUUGGAGUUAGUUUAUAGUCAGGUCUCACUUUCAGGUGAACACAGUAUUAUAAAUAGAUCUCUUGUGAUCCACAACAAACCGGAUGAUUACGGCCGCAACCCUAACAACCCUUCGAGCGCAACGACUGGCAGUUCGGGCGUAAGGAUCGCCUGUUGUCUCGUAGAAGAAGUAAAUGAGUUACCAAAAGAAGAGGACAGUAAGAGUGGUGUGGGAUCUGUUGCCGCAUCCAAGACCAGACGCGAGACCUCACGAAAAGUAAUCAAUAAACUAAAACAUGAAGAGUGAAUACCAGUGAAACACUAGACAUGAUUUCAAAGUACGAAAAGCGCAUGAAAUCUAAUACAUUAUUAAAUCAUAGAAACAGACAUUAGAGGCGAGAAAUAAUUAAAAACAACUAAAUGUGACUUCAAUUCAAUUCAUAUUUUAUUCAAUAUAUAAAUAAAUAAAACACAAUAUAUUUUAAAGAUUUUUAUUUUUCCAAAAAGAAAA